CUGUCUUUUUAUUCUCAAGGCUAGAGGAUCCUAAUCAUUCCCAACUCAAACAUGAGUCAGUCCAACAUGUUCAUUUUGAUGGUCGUCAUCCCUCUAAUUUUGUCACAGUCAACGAGAGGGAAGGACUGUGUGUGUGAGCUGCAAAGUUCUGAGGCUGCUUUUCCUGAGAAUAAACUCAAAAAUGUAGAGAUCACUGCUUUAAAAUGCACAAGGAACAUCACAUCAGAAAAGAUGACAGAGAUUGACAGGCUUGUGUUGGGUCUACAACAUCGUAUCUCGCAGCUUCUGGAAAAUGUGUCCAUGCUGGAAAAAGAAGACAAUGGAAAUCUGUAUGCAGCCGUGUCUCUACACAUUAUUGAAUUAGAGUUAGCGGAGAUUCAAGACCUUAUGGAUAAACUCAACAGGACCACCAACAAUUACCAGCUGCUCAGUGGACAGACCGCAACAGAGCUUCAGGAUAUGGAGGAAACGAUGGCGGAGCUGGAGAGGUUUGACCACGCACAGGUGAUGGAGAAACAGCGAGAGAACCAGCGGGUUAAGAGGGACCUGGAAUGGUGCAAAGAUGUGCUCAAUAGUACAACACCAGCCCCUACACUUCCACCAGAUUACUGUGGUCUGGGCAGCAUGGUCAAUGUUUCAGGACCUAAAACCUAUUCCCUCACUGUGUAUGGAACAUCCUACACUUUCGGUGCUUGGGGUCGAGAUGCACAGCCAGCUCCAGGAGACGAGAACAAGUACUGGCUGGUGGUGCUGUCAAGUGGUAAUGUACAUGGCAACUUUAUCCGCCAGUACAGUAGUAUGAGUACUAUUAUAUUGGGUAUAGGACCAAAAGAUACAUAUAUAUCAAGCUCCAACCCCACAACAAACACAAUUCAGGGGCCAAACAUGGUCAUGUACGGCAAUGCGCUCUACUAUAACUGUUACAACACAUACUCCGUCUGUCAGUUCAACAUGACGACUCGUGCUGUCAGUACUGUUGCUUUACCUAAUGAUGCAGGUUUCAACAACAAGUUUCCUUUCGCACAUCUCGCCGCCACAUACGCCUAUACAGAUAUGGAUUUCGCCACAGAUGAAUUGGGCGUCUAUGUUAUAUACGCAACCACAAGCAACUUUGGAAAUGUGAUGAUCAGUAAAGUUGAGACUAGUAACCCUCCUGUUAUUAGCCAAACAUGGUCCACUUCUCUUCACAAAAGGACUGCCACAAACACCUUCAUGGUGUGCGGUGUGCUUUAUGCUACUCGUUACCUUGAUCAAGAAACUGAAGAGAUCUUUUACUCUUUUGACACCCAAACCAACGAAGAGCGAUACGAUUUGAGUAUUCACAUUAAGAAGAUGCAGACUAAUAUCAAGUAUAUGAAUUAUAACCCCAGUGAUAAUUUGUUGUAUGUCUACAGUGAUGCCUACAUUGUGACAUAUGAAAUCAUGUUUCAGGAAGUUCCCUGAAUUAUACUGUGUCUUUUUUUUUGCCAAUAAAUGUAAUGAUUUUUACAUAUUUCAUGUGGUUCUUUUUUCAAAGGGAAAAACAUUUAAAUUGGCUAUGUAUCACAUUUUGAUUCUUGAAAUAAAAUGUGAGUGAAAAAUUA